GGCCAUCUUGGCGGCGGCCAUGAGCGGCUCCAGGGCGCGGGCGGCGGCGGCGGCGGCGGCGGGGCCGGACAAGAAGCCGCCGCCGGGAUCCGCGGGGCCGCUGAGCCGCCUGCGAGGCCGCCGCGGAUCGGCCGACGCGGCGCCGCGGCCGCCCUGGACCGAGUCCGAGUUGCUGGCGCUGGAGACCGUCCGGCCCGAGCACGUCCUGGGGCUGUGCCGGGUGACGGAGAAUUAUUUAUGCAAACCUGAGGACAACAUUUACAACAUUGACUUCACCAGGUUUAAGAUCCGGGACCUUGAAACUGGAACAGUGCUGUUUGAAAUUGCAAAGCCGUCUGCCUCAGAGCACGAUGAGGAGGAUGAGGAGGACAGCAGUGAACUGGACGCGAGUGCAGGUCGCUUUGUUCGGUACCAGUUCACCCCAGCGUUCCUCCGGCUUCGGACCGUUGGUGCAACAGUGGAAUUCACAGUGGGAGAAAAGCCAGUGUCAAACUUCCGAAUGAUUGAGAGGCAUUACUUCCGAGAUCGUCUGCUGAAGAACUUUGACUUUGAUUUUGGCUUCUGCAUCCCCAGUAGCAGGAACACAUGUGAACACAUCUAUGAAUUCCCUCAGCUCUCAGAAGACCUUACGCUGUCCCUGCGGUGCCGCCGCCUGCACACCGUGUACCAGAGCGCGGAGCUGCCCGAGACGCACCAGAUGCUGCGGGAGACCGUGCGGGACUUCGCUGAAAAGGAGCUGAUGCCACUGGCAGCGCAGCUGGACAAGGAGCACCGCUUCCCGGCUGAGCAGGUGAAGAAGAUGGGUAGCCUAGGGCUGCUGGCUAUGGAUGUGCCAGAGAAGUACAAAGGAGCAGGCCUGGACUACCUGGCCUAUUCCAUUGCCGUGGAGGAGAUCAGCAGGGGCUGUGCCUCCACGGGCGUCAUCGUCAGCGUCAACAACUCCCUGUAUUUAGGGCCAAUACUCAAGUUUGGCUCCGAAGAGCAGAAGCACAAGUGGAUUGCUCCCUUCACCAGUGGAGAGAAAAUUGGAUGUUUUGCCCUCAGUGAACCAGGGAACGGCAGCGACGCGGGCGCGGCCUCCACGGUGGCGCGGCUGGACGGGGACGAGUGGGUUCUGAACGGCACCAAGGCCUGGAUCACCAACGCCUGGGACGCCUCGGCCACUGUGGUGUUUGCCACGACAGACAAAUCCCUGAAGCACAAGGGCAUUAGUGCGUUCUUGGUUCCCAUGCCAACACCUGGGCUGUCACUGGGGAAGAAAGAAGACAAGCUGGGAAUCCGAGCCUCUUCCACUGCCAACCUGAUAUUUGAGGACUGCAGGAUACCCAAGGCCAACCUCCUGGGGCAGCCGGGAAUGGGCUUCAAAAUCGCCAUGCAAACUCUGGAUGGAGGAAGGAUUGGAAUUGCCUCACAGGCUCUUGGAAUAGCACAGGCAGCUCUGGACUGUGCUGUGGAUUAUGCUGAGAAGAGAAUGGCCUUUGGGUCGCCCAUCACAAAGCUCCAGGCAGUGCAGUUCAAGCUGGCAGACAUGGCUGUGGCCUUGGAGGGCGCCCGCCUGCUGACCUGGAGAGCUGCUAUGCUGAAGGACAACGGGAAGCCCUUCACUAAGGAAGCGGCGAUGGCCAAACUGGCUGCAUCAGAAGCUGCAACGGCCAUCGCUCAUCAGGCCAUCCAGAUCCUGGGUGGGAUGGGCUACGUGACGGAGAUGCCGGCGGAGCGGCACUACCGGGACGCCCGGAUCACCGAGAUCUACGAGGGGACCAGUGAGAUCCAGAGACUGGUGAUCGCAGGCCAACUGCUCAAGGCCUACCGAGGCUGAGGCGGCCAGGAGAGCCACACACUGCCCAAGUGCCCCGUAAUGGUGCUCAACAGUGAUCAAGUCUGACCCUCUUGGAUGAGGCCAAUGAUGGAGGUUUUCCUCACCAAUGAGUAACUGACCCUCAGUGUACAAUGUACUGACUCUUCCUUGGACAGUGGCUGGACUGAGGUUUGUAAGCUGUGAGUGCAGGAGGGAGGAGACAACCUGUGCUUGUAGGGCAGUGUGGGGCUUCUCCUGGAGCAUUGGAUGGGUUUGGUAGUGCCAAAAUGGCUUUGGCUGUUCAGUGAAGUCAGCAGCUCUCCUUGUGCCCUUCCCAGCCAGUGCCUGUUUUGGAAAAUUUGUCGCUACCAGGCACUGGAUAAACAGUGCCAGAGUUAGAGGUGCUGAGAGCUGUGACCCCUUCACCCCAACCCAGGCUGCAGGUCACAGUGCCUUGAAUUUCAGGUGUGUUUGGGAGCUCCUAAUUGGACACAGGCUGUGUGGAGGUAAUCCUGCAGCAGGGCACUUCUUCCCUCUACCAGCAGGAGAGGAGCCAGACAGGACAUGCAGGAAUUAUGUAUGCACAGAGGGGCUGAGCACAGGCUGUGGUUACCCUCUGUGGACAUGUGAAAACAUAGAUCAGAAAGAAUCCCUUGAACUGGCCAGCAAAGCCCAGCACCUCCUCACUCUGCUGCUCUGGGAUGCAGGGAUAGAAGCAAAGGGCAAAAAAGCUGCAGUGCCUGAGACUUUUUUUGUAAAAAAAAGGCCAAAGAAACCUCUGCUCCCAAAUCUGCUUCUACAAUAUGAAUAAGAAAGGAAGUGCCUGAAGGGGCAGUAACAGCCUUUAAAUUCCUUUUGGGCAACAAGGAGGAAAACAUGACACACAAACCUUACCAGGAAGCUUUAGCAGUAGCACGUGUCCUCGGUCAAUGAUCUUUGUCAAGACAUUGCCUUUUAGAAGAUUCAACAGCCAUAGGAAAAACUCUAAACUCAGGAAAAGAUGGAGAGGAUUAAGACCUGGACUGUCUGGUCCAGCCCCUUGUCCAGAGGAGUACACUAGAGGUAAAUGGUUAUUUUCCUGUGGUGCCAUUUAUUUAGACUUGUGUGGAGAGAAGAAGAGCAGGAUUCUGCCAUAUGUGAGAGAGCAGAGAAGACAAAUAAAACCAGACUUUGAAGGAC